GUUAGCAAGUCUAUAUAAGUUAAAUCAAUAAGAAAUGUGUAAGGCAAUCCCUUGGUUUGUUUGAAAUUAUUUUUUCUUACAACCUAUUCCUUUACCCUUAAUUAGAGCUUUUGGUGCUUGAAGCUCUGGGUAUGGAGUUGUCGAUCUUUGGUAAUUAGACGUGGAACCCCAAAGCAGAUACUCGGUGGGGCCAAAAAAGAAAGUGUUUUUUUUUUUUUUUUUUUUGGAUCAGAGUACCAUUACACAAUGAAUCCGAAUUAGUCGAACUCCAAAGAAAAUACUGCAUGGGACCUUGUUUCUUGGACAAGAGUACCAUUACACUAUGAAUCCGAAUUAGUCGAAUUUCAAAGCAGAUCCCGUGUGGGACCUUAUUUGUUGGACCAGAGUUCCAUGACACUGUGCAGAUAUUCUCUCUUAUAAAAUAAUUGCUUUGGCGAGGGAAGUUUGCUAUGAGAGAGGAAAAUGGAUAUACAAGAUAUUGAGUGCUCAUUGAUUGCAGAAACUGUAAAGGAAGAGGCCAAGAAGAGGGGAAGAAGAAGUGAUGAAAUUUUGGCAGAAGUGAAGAAGCUGUUGAUAUUAGCAGGCCCUCUUAUGUCUAUCAAUUUUUUGUUAUAUUGCUUACAGGUUAUAUCUAUCAUGUUUGUGGGUCAUCUAGGGGAGUUAUCUCUUUCUGGUGCUUCAAUGGCUACUUCUUUUGCCUCUGUAACUGGUCUCAGCUUGUUGAUGGGAAUGGCAAGUGCAUUGGACACUUUCUGUGGGCAAUCAUAUGGUGCAAAGCAGUAUCAUAUGCUCGGUAUCCAUAUGCAAAGGGCAAUGCUUGUUCUUCUACUGGCCAGUGUUCCUUUGGCCUGCAUUUGGGCUAAUGCAGGUAAUAUUCUCGUAGUAUUGGGACAAGAUCCGGAAAUAGCAGCUGAAGCAGGAAGUUAUGCACGCUAUAUGAUUCCGACUCUUUUCGCCUAUGCGUUUCUCCAGUGUCUUAUUAGAUUUCUACAAUCCCAAAACAACGUGGUGCCCAUGAUGUUCAGUGCCGGAAUCACUGCUUUUCUGCAUCUAUUCAGUUGUUGGAUUCUGAUCUUUAAAUCUGGCCUAGGCAACAAAGGUGCUGCUGUUGCUAACGCUAUAUCCUACUGGAUUAAUGUCUUAUUGCUAGCUGCAUAUGUCAGAACAUCGCCUUCCUGCAAAAACACUUGGACCGGAUUUUCUAAAGAGGCAUUUCAUGAUAUUUGGAAAUAUCUAAGACUUGCCAUUCCUUCAGCGGCUAUGUUCUGCUUAGAGAUUUGGUCAUUUGAAAUGAUGGUUCUGUUGUCCGGACUUCUUCCAAAUCCAAAUCUAGAGACCUCAGUUCUUUCUAUCAGCUUUAACACAUAUGCCAUGGUGUUUAUGAUACCUCUAGGACUAAGUGGUGCCACAAGCAUAAGAGUUUCAAAUGAACUAGGCGCGGGACAACCUCAAGCAGCUCGUUUAGCAGCUAGUACUGCAGUAUUCUUGGUGGCCACAGAAGGCAUUGUUGUAGCAAUAGUGUUGAUUUCGGUUCGUAAAUUGUGGGGCUACUGUUAUAGCACUGAGGAAGAAGUAGUUGGAUAUGUAGCAGAAAUGCUAGUCUUGCUAGCAGGAUCCCACUUCUUAGAUGGUAUCCAAGCAGUGCUUUCAGGUACUGCAAGAGGCUGUGGGUGGCAAAAGAUAGGGGCAGUUGUCAACUUGGGAGCUUAUUACCUUUUCGGAAUACCUGCUGGUGUUAUAUUAGCUUUUGUCUAUCAUUUUGGUGGAAAGGGACUUUGGCUGGGAAUCACUCUUGCCCUCUUUGCACAAGCACUACUUCUUUCAAUAGUUACUCUGCGGACAAAUUGGGAAAAAGAGGCAAAGAAGGCAGUGGAUAGGGAGACUCCAGAGCUAGCAUAGAAGAAAAUGCAGAACGACACUUCAAAUAAUGCAAGCUUUCUUGCUUCUUGUGAUUUCUGAUGAAGAUUGUGCAUGUCAAUUGGGCCACGUGGUAUGGACGGGUUCAACUAGAAGCCAGCCUAGGCCGGAGUCAACAUAGGAUGAAAAGGAUGGUCGUAAUCUUGUGUUGGCUUUGCAAUUUAUUGGGUUGUGGUCAGAGAAAAACAGAGUUGAAAACUCUACAUUCAUUUUUCUACUCAUGCUUCAUCAUCCAAUAAUUUACAUUUGCUCAUGAUGAA